GCCAGAGGCAGACGUUAUCUCUCAGUCCCAUCUGACAAUCCACAUCAGCUCUCUGAUUUACCACUGACCGAGAAGGAUGGCAAAGCUGGCUGUGUGCGUCUCUGCUGUGCUGCUGCUGCUGGUAGCGCUCAGUGAAACCGUCUACCAAGGACCUUGCUGCACAAAGAAUUAUGACAAACCAAUUGCAUUACAAAAACUGAAGAGUUUCACAGUUCAAAACGACACAGAGAUCUGCAACAUCAAGUCAAUAAUUUUCUUCACUGUGAAAGACAAGCUUGUCUGUACCAAUCCUGAGAUGCCUUGGGUCAUCAGGGCCAUGAAGCAUCUGAAAAAGAAACAACAAACAGGAUCGCAGAGGGUCGGAGAAGAUCAGCUUAAAGCUUAAAGAUGUCAAUCUUAUUAAUCAGAGUAUUUUUAAUUUGAAUUACAUUCAUAUAAUUAUAUAUUUGUUUUCUUUACUUUUGUACUCAUUUAUAUUCA